AAGGAGGCGGGGUUCCGGCGGGGACAGCGCGUCAGUUCCGGACGGCGGCGGCGGCGGGAGGACGAUGGUGCUGCUGCACGUGCUGUUCGAACAUGCGGCCGGCUACGCGCUGUUCGCCGUGCGCGAGGUGGAGGAGAUCGGCCUGCUGCUGCCGCAGGUGGAGGAGAGCGUCCUCACGCUGGGCAAGUUCCACAACGUGGUGAAGCUCGUGGCCUUCUCGCCGUUCCGCUCGGCGCAGAGCGCGCUGGAGAACAUGAACGCCGUGUCCGAGGGAGUCCUGCACGAGGACCUGCGGCUGCUGCUGGACACGGCGCUGCCCCCCAAGAGGAAGAAGGUGCUGCUGGGCGUGGGCGAUGCCAAGAUGGGCGCGGCCGUGCUGGAGGAGCUGGGGGUGCAGUGCCAGACCGGGGGCGUCGUGGCCGAGCUCAUGCGAGGGAUCCGGCUGCACUUCGCGGCGCUGGUCCGCGGCCUCACGGCGCAGUCGGCGGCCAAGGCCCAGCUGGGGCUCGGCCACAGCUACUCCCGGGCCAAGGUGAAGUUCAACGUGCACCGCGUGGACAACAUGAUCAUUCAGUCCAUCAGCCUGCUGGACCAGCUGGACAAGGACAUCAACACCUUCUCCAUGCGCGUCCGCGAGUGGUACGGGUACCACUUCCCCGAGCUGAUCAAGAUCGUCCCCGAGAACGCCAUGUACUGCCGGGUGGCCAAAUUCAUCGGGAACCGCCGCGAGCUGAGCGAGGAGAGCCUCGAGGGGCUGGAGGAGAUCGUCAUGGACAGCGCCAAGGCCCAGGCCAUCCUGGAGGCCUCGCGCUCCUCCAUGGGGAUGGACAUCUCCCCCCUGGACCUCAUCAACAUCGAGAGCUUCUCCCGCCGCGUCAUCUCGCUGUCCGACUACCGCAAGGGGCUGCAGGAGUACCUGCGCUCCAAGAUGAGCCAGGUGGCGCCCAGCCUGUCGGCCCUCAUCGGGGAGGUGGUGGGUGCCCGCCUCAUCUCUCACGCUGGCAGCCUGACCAACCUGGCCAAGUACCCGGCGUCGACGGUGCAGAUCCUGGGCGCCGAGAAGGCCCUGUUCAGGGCGCUGAAGACGCGGGGGAACACCCCCAAGUACGGCCUCAUCUUCCACUCCACCUUCAUCGGGCGCGCGGCCGCCAAGAACAAGGGGCGGAUCUCGCGCUACCUGGCCAACAAGUGCACCAUCGCCUCGCGCAUCGACUGCUUCUCAGAGGUCCCCACCAGUGUCUUUGGGGACAAGCUGCGGGAGCAGGUGGAGGAGCGCCUGGCCUUCUACGAGACCGGGGAGCCGCCCCGCAAGAACCUGGAGGUGAUGAAGGAGGCCGUGGUGGAGGUGAGGAGGAAGAGGAGGAGGGGACGCUGAGGGAUGAAGAGUGGUGAGGGUGAUAAGUGGAGGCAGUGGGAGA